UAUUAUGUAAUUACAGACGGUUCCUCUUAUAACCGCAGGACUGUGAACAAUCGCCUACAGGCUGCGGUAAAGGAAGAAGCGGCAGUGAUGACUUGCACUGACAAUGCUGUCCAGCAGGUGGCAACAGCAGGAGACUGAAGUGAGGCAGCCAGGCUCUGCAUAACAGCCCCGCCCAGACUCUCUGAUUCGGAAGCGCCCCCCUACCAACGCCCCGCCCCCGGCUGCCAUGACAACAGGAUUGUUUAAUGGCAGAGAGAGAAGUCCUCACCUGAGAACACGAGUCCCGGGGAACAGCGGCCGAAACGGGGGUCAGAGAUGGCUUCCAACAGGACGUCCCACCUGCCUCCUGCGGACCUUGUAAGCGUUCACCUACCGCCCCUAACCCUCCCGGCACACCCUCUCAGCUCUACAGGCAAGAAGCUGAUGAAGUACAAGAGAAGCAGAGAGCAGCAGAAGACCCUCAAUGAGAUCAUAAUGAAGGAGGCGUUAAAGGCUUACGAACAAACUGUAGCAGAGCAAAAAAGGAGAGUCCCCACCCCUCCUGAGCCCCAAUUACCAUCGACGAUGAACAGCGAGCAGAGAAAACUGAGGAUGAAUUAUCUGUACAUGAAAAAAUGUGUGGAGAGCAGCCCCGUGGUGCCCAUUCAGAAGCACUGGCUAGACUCCAUGCUCGCUUUGGUUCCUGAGCCUCUUCAGAAGGGCAAGGACAGGGAGGCCAUGGUUGCAGCACUGCUGGAGGAAGUUUCUCAAGAUUUUGAGAAAAGUAUGAAGAAACACCUGGUUAAAAGUAUUCUGGUUAAACCAGAGGUUAAGGGACUGGAAGCAGAAGAGUCUGGUCUAUCACCUGAAUUUCCUACAGGUCUGGAUUUCUCCAAGCCAUGGCAUCAAAGCUUCAUCCAAGCAAGAAAUGAGAUAAAUAAAAACCUACAUCUCGUGCACCCGGCCGUCCGGGCCAUGCUUGACUUCGGAUACAUGACUUUCUCAAAGCUGCUCAUUGUCGAUUUGUCUGGAUACAGGUCACAGGGUCCCGUAGAAUGUGAAUCACUGAGGAACAGCGUCUCGUUGGCAUGUGCAAAGACAGAAGAGAAAUUGCUGAACACCUGGUACCCCCGAGUCAUUAAUCUGUUCGCCAGUAAAGACGCCUUGCAGUCAAUUAAGGCAGACAAAAUCGAUUCCUUUUACAGCUGUGUCUCAACUCUCAUGUCCAACCAGGUUAAAGACCUCUUGCAGAGAAGCGUAGAAGCUUUUGUCCGUUUAUUUGACCUCGAAGACACACAAUGUUUGCCUCUCUUUAAAAUGCAACUUACAUUUGAUGACGAGAAGAUGGAUUUCUAUCCAAGCUUCCAGGACUUAGAAGAAGUUGUACUGUUUAUAGUAACUCGGAUCUCAAAGACCCUGCAGAACAUUCAGACAGUUCAGUCGUGGCUUUCUGGAAGUAACACGGUCCAGAUUAUUGAGGCCAAACUCCCUGAUUAUAUCAUUCAGUCGGCCGUGCUGAAGCUGAAGGAGACGGUCACUUACCAUUUACAGGAGCCUUUAAGACAUUUUGAAACGUACGUUGACAGUUUCAGCUGGCUCGUGAACGGUUCGGCCGAUGAGAAAGUAGAGACCUUUUUGUCAGAAGAACACAGUUUUGAUGAAUACACAGGGUUUAUAGAACAAUUUCACACCCUGGCCAGAGAUAUUAUAGGACUACCCACUCGUGCAUACUUCACCAUGGUCCUGCUUGACUGCGAUGAUCUUAAGCAAGGCCUGGCUGACAAAGCUAAAAGUUUUGCAAAUAUAUUAUUGGAUAGACUGGUGACAAACCACAGACUGGAGAACGAGGAAAUCUGCGUGGAAUUUGAGAAAAUUAAGGAGCAAGCCUUAAAGGUCCCUGAAACAACUGAAGAUGUUAUAGAGGAGAUUACCUUUGUUGAGCAGGCGAAGAGUAAAAGCAUUGUGGAGCUGAAGUCCCGAAUUACUGAGUGUCAGCGGAGAAUGAAUUAUCUUCUAGACAUUCAUUUAUUUUUGCCUGAAGAUAUUGUCCUGAACUCAACAGUGUUACUCUGGCCGAAAAAUAUUAACCCAGUGUUUGAUGAAAAUGACCAGUUGAUUGAAAAGGCUAAGCGUAAAGGAGAAAGCGAACUACUGGGGAAAAGAGAGAAGCUUAUGCUGGAACUGGAGAAAUUGUCACGUCGGAUGGAAGAAUUUGCAGAGUGCUCUGAACUGGAUAUGAUGCAGCAGUACGUGACAGAUGUGCGGACUGUACAAAAGCGUAUAGCAGACGCAGAGGAGGUGAUCACUUAUAUCAACAAGGAGGAAGCACUCUAUAAAUGGGACCCAACCACAUAUCCUGAGCUGGAUUCCUUAAAACUCAACAUUGAACCUUAUCAGAAACUUUUCGCACUGAUUUAUAAGUGGCAGAAAACGGAAAAAAAGUGGAUUGAUGGUGCCUUCCUUGACCUGAAUGGAGAAAGCAUGGAAGCAGAGGUGGAUGAGUUUUUCAGAGAGGUCUACAAGACGAUGAAAUUGUUUCAGCAGAAGCAGAAGAAAUCAGAAGACGAGAAGAAAAAGGCUGUCCGUCAGCGAACACUCACUGAAGACAAGGAUAAGGUCGAAGAGGAGAAAAAGGAAAGCCGCAUAGUCAUCAUGUGUUCUGCUAUCAUUGAUCAGAUCAAGGCUUUUAAGGAAUAUAUCCCUCUGGUGAGCAUCCUGUGUAACCCUGGAGUCAGAAGCCGCCACUGGCUUCAGAUGUCUGAGACAGUCGGCUAUGACCUCACUCCAGAUUCAGGCACCACCCUGAGAAAGGUUUUGAAGCAGAACUUGACGCCAUACUUAGAGGAAUUUGAACAGAUCAGUGCUGCAGCCAGUAAGGAGUUUUCCCUGGAGAAAGCAAUGCAUACUAUGGAAGAAAUGUGGGACUCCAUAUCCUUUCAUCUGAGCCCCUAUCGAGAAUCAGGGGUUUCUAUUCUAUCGGCAGUCGAUGAAGUCCAAACCAUUCUGGACGACCAAAUCGUGAAGACUCAGACAAUGAGAGGAUCGCCGUUCAUCAAGCCCUUUGAGAAAGAAAUUAAGCAUUGGGAGGAACGACUUAUACGGGUCCAAGAAACCAUUGAUGAAUGGUUGAAGGUACAGGCUCAGUGGCUAUAUCUAGACCCCAUAUUCUCCUCUGAGGACAUCAUGCAGCAAAUGCCUGAAGAAGGAAGGUUAUUCCAAACUGUGGACAGAAACUGGAAAGAGAUCAUGAAACAUUGUGCAAAGGACCCAAAGGUUCUAAGUGCAACCUCUCUGACUGGACUUUUGGAAAAGCUGCAGGACAGCAAUGUACUUCUGGAUAAAAUCAUGAAAGGACUGAAUGCUUAUCUGGAGAAGAAGAGGCUUUUCUUUCCGCGCUUUUUCUUCUUAUCCAAUGAUGAAAUGCUGGAGAUUCUGUCUGAGACCAAAGAUCCUCUCCGGGUCCAGCCGCAUUUAAAGAAGUGUUUUGAAGGGAUUGCAAAGCUGGAGUUCCUUCCUAACCUGGAUAUCAAAGCCAUGUACAGCACUGAGGGGGAACGAGUAGAGCUCAUCCAGACGAUCUCCACCUCUGAGGCACGAGGAGCAGUGGAGAAGUGGCUCAUCCAAGUGGAAGAUGUCAUGUUAAGGAGCGUGCACGAUGUCAUCGCCCGGUCAAGAAUGGCAUAUCCAGAGACUGCAAGAAAAGACUGGGUGAGAGAAUGGCCUGGGCAGGUUGUGCUCUGUGUCUCUCAGAUGUUCUGGACAAGUGAAGUGCAUGAAGCUAUUAGCAGUGGCCCAGAGGGCUUAAAAAACUACUAUGAGAAGCUGCAGCAUCAACUAAAUGACAUUGUUGAACUUGUAAGAGGCAAAUUGUCCAAGCAGACACGUACCACCUUGGGAGCUCUGGUCACCAUAGACGUGCACGCCCGUGAUGUGGUUAUGGAAAUGAUAGAAACAGGGGUCUCGCAUGAAACAGACUUCCAGUGGCUUGCCCAACUGCGGUAUUACUGGGAGAACGAGAAUGCGAGAGUGCGAAUCAUUAACUGCAAUGUGAAGUAUGCCUAUGAGUACCUGGGCAACUCUCCACGCCUGGUCAUUACUCCUCUCACUGACCGAUGUUACCGGACCCUGAUUGGUGCCUUUUAUCUAAAUCUGGGUGGAGCUCCAGAAGGUCCAGCUGGCACAGGAAAAACGGAGACAACCAAAGAUUUGGCCAAAGCCCUGGCCGUGCAGUGUGUGGUCUUCAACUGCUCAGAUGGCUUAGACUACAUAGCAAUGUCAAAGUUUUUCAAAGGACUGGCAUCGUCAGGAGCAUGGGCAUGUUUUGACGAGUUUAACCGUAUUGAGCUAGAGGUAUUGUCCGUAGUGGCUCAGCAGAUUCUCUGCAUCCAGAGAGCCAUUCAGACAAAGAUGGACAUCUUCAACUUUGAAGGAACAGAACUGAAGCUCAACCCAAAUUGCUUUGUAGCCAUUACCAUGAAUCCUGGCUAUGCCGGACGUUCUGAGCUACCAGAUAACCUCAAGGUUCUUUUCCGUACUGUCGCCAUGAUGGUUCCCAACUAUGCCCUGAUUGCUGAGAUCUCCCUUUAUUCUUAUGGGUUUCUACAUGCGAAACCUCUGUCCGUGAAGAUAGUAAUGACUUACCGUCUCUGCUCUGAACAGCUCUCAUCUCAGUUCCAUUAUGAUUAUGGGAUGCGUGCAGUAAAAGCGGUGCUGGUAGCUGCCGGAAAUCUGAAGUUAAAGUUUCCUGAUGAGAACGAAGAUAUUCUUCUUUUGCGGUCAAUUAAGGAUGUAAACGAGCCCAAAUUUUUGUCCCAUGAUAUUCCUCUGUUUAAUGGGAUUACGAGUGACCUGUUCCCUGGCAUUCAGCUUCCAGAAGCCGACUAUAAGGAUUUACUGGAAUGUGCCCAUGAGAUCUGUGCCAGGCACAACAUCCAACCUGAGAAGGUCUUCCUGGAGAAAAUGAUCCAGACGUAUGAAAUGAUGAUCGUGAGACAUGGUUUUAUGCUGGUCGGAGAGCCGUUCUCAGGAAAAACGAAGGUCCUCCACGUCCUCGCCGAUACGCUUUCUCUUAUGAAUGAGCGAGGGUGCGAAGAAGAAAAAGUUAUAUACAGGACAGUGAAUCCCAAGGCCAUCACUAUGGGACAGCUGUUUGGUCAGUUUGAUCCAGUGUCACACGAGUGGACUGAUGGAAUAGUUGCAAAUACAUUUCGUGAGUUUGCAUUAUCUGAGACCCCGGAAAGAAAAUGGGUUAUUUUUGAUGGGCCUAUUGAUACUCUAUGGAUAGAAAGUAUGAACACAGUGCUGGACGAUAACAAGAAGCUCUGCUUGAUGAGUGGGGAGAUCAUUCAGAUGUCACCUCAGAUGAGCCUGAUAUUUGAGACAAUGGACCUGUCCCAGGCUUCGCCUGCCACUGUGAGCCGCUGUGGUAUGAUUUAUCUGGAACCCCAACAAUUGGGUUGGGCUCCACUGGUGAGGUCUUGGCUCAGCACCCUUCCUGAUGCAUUGAAGACUAAAGAACUCUUCACUCUUCUAGAGGAACUCUUCAAGUGGCUCAUCCAACCUUCACUCAGAUUCCUCCGGAAACAGUGCAAGGAACUGGUGACAACCAGCAAUGGCAAUGUAGUAGUAUCGCUCACAAGAUUACUGGAGAUGCUGAUUUUUGAUGCGGUGAGAGAAGAUCCCACUAAUAAGAACAUUCGUAUCUGGAUCAUGGCCUGUUUUGCUUUCUCCUUGGUUUGGUCCAUUGGUGGCUGCUGUGACACCGACAGCCAAGUCAAGUUUGAUGCUUUUUUGAAAGAAAUUGUCUCAGGAAAAAAUGAUCAGAACCCUGUUCCAGCAUCCGUGGGGAAAUGGGAAUGUCCAUUUGAUGAUAAAGGCAUGGUCUAUGACAAUAUGUAUGAGCUUAAAGGCCGCGGGCGCUGGGUUCACUGGAAUGAAUUUAUCAAAGGAACAGCCAUGUGGGACAAAAACACCAAAAUCCAAGAUAUCAUUGUGCCAACUAUGGACACUGUCAGAUACACCUUCCUCAUGGAUAUGUGUAUCAAAUAUACCAUCCCACUGUUAUUUGUGGGACCAACAGGGACAGGUAAAUCUGUUUAUGUCAAAGACAAACUCAUGAACAAUCUGGACAAAGAUAAAUUCUUUCCCUUCUUCAUCAACUUUUCUGCUCGAACGAGUGCUAAUCAGACUCAGAACAUUGUCAUGGACAGACUGGAUAAAAGACGCAAAGGUGUGUACGGCCCUCAGAUGGGGAAGAAAUGCAUCAUAUUUGUGGAUGAUAUGAACAUGCCCGCAUUAGAGAAAUAUGGUGCACAGCCACCUAUCGAGCUGUUGCGUCAGUUCUUCGACCAUGGGAACUGGUACGACUUGAAAGACACCUCCAAAAUCUCACUCGUGGAUGUACAGCUGGUUGCCGCGAUGGGUCCUCCUGGUGGUGGAAGAAACGCAGUUACUCCUCGGUUCUUGCGUCAUUUUAAUAUCUGCACCAUAAAUGCUUUCAGCGAUGAGACUAUGGUCCGAAUCUUCUCCGCUGUAGUCGCCUUUUAUCUACGAAACAAUGAGUUUCCACCAGAAUUCUUUACUGUGGGGAACCAAAUAGUCAAUGGCACAAUGGAGGUUUACAAGAAAGCCAUGGAGAACCUGUUACCCACACCUGCCAAAUCCCAUUAUACAUUUAAUCUGCGGGAUUUUUCCCGAGUGGUGCAAGGCUGCUUACUUAUCAAGAAACAGUCUGUGGAGAAUAAACGCGUCAUGGUGCGACUGUUUGUUCAUGAGGUCUUGCGAGUGUUUUAUGACCGCUUAGUUGACGACAAGGACAGAACCUGGCUGUACAAGUUAUUAAAUGAUGUGGUGAAAGAGCAUUUCAAAGAAAAUUUUGACUCUGUUUUUGAGAACUUAAGACAAGGAAACGAACCUCUCUCAGAAGAAGACAUUAGAAACUUGCUGUUUGGUGACUACAUGAAUCCUGACCUUGAAGGAGAUGAACGUCUAUACGAAGAGAUACCAAGCGUCCAGCAGUUCAAUGAUGUUGUGGAGAGAUGUCUGGAUGAAUACAAUCAGACCCACAAAACUCGCAUGAAUCUGGUUAUAUUCAGAUAUGUUUUGGAACAUUUAUCUCGGAUUUGUCGGAUCCUGAAGCAGCCCGGGGGUAAUGCCUUAUUGGUCGGAGUUGGAGGCAGCGGACGUCAAUCGCUGACCCGUUUGGCUACUUCUAUGGCAAAAAUGAAUAUCUUUCAACCAGAAAUUUCAAAAAGCUAUGGUAUGAACGAGUGGAGGGAGGACCUGAAGAGCCUGCUGAAGAGCGCAGGAGUGAAAGGACAGAAGACCAUUUUUCUCAUCACAGACACGCAAAUCAAACAGGAGGCAUUUCUGGAGGAUGUGGACAGUCUGCUUAACACCGGGGAGGUUCCUAAUAUUUUCGCUGUAGAUGAAAAGCAGGAAAUAAUGGAGGGAGUCCGUCCAGCCGCCCAAGCUGGGAAUAAAAAUGUGGAGCUCAGCCCAUUGGCUCUCUUUGCCUUCUUUGUGAACCGUUGUAAGGAAAACCUUCACAUUGUGGUGGCAUUCAGCCCAAUCGGUGAUGCAUUUCGUAACCGCCUGCGCCAGUUCCCAUCACUUAUCAACUGCUGUACUAUUGACUGGUUCCAGCCCUGGCCUGAGGAUGCUCUCGAGAGGGUGGCAGUAAAGUUUUUGGAAACCCUUGAACUUACUAGUACUGAGCACGAGGAAGUAGUUCCUAUCUGUAAAUACUUUCACACGUCCGCCAUUGCGUUGUCAGAGAAGUUUUUGGGAGAGUUGGGUAGACACAAUUAUGUCACCCCAACUUCUUAUCUAGAACUGAUCGCAGCUUUCCGUCAUCUGUUAUCUCAGAAGCGGGACACAGUGAUGAAAGCAAAAAAGAGAUAUACCAAUGGAUUAGAUAAGCUGGCAUUCGCUGAAUCUCAGGUUGGAGAAAUGAAGAAAGAACUGGUCGACCUACAGCCAAAACUGGAAGAGGCCAAAGUUGAAAAUGCAAACAUGAUGAAGAUCAUUGAAAAAGAGUCCGCAGAGGUGGAAGCAAAAAGUAAAGUGGUCCGAGCAGAUGAAGAAGUGGCCACCCAAAAAGCUACUGAGGCACAAGCUCUGAAAAAUGAAUGUGAAAGUGAACUGGCAGAGGCCAUCCCUGCCCUGGAGGCUGCCAUGUCUGCCUUGGACACUCUGAAGCCAUCGGACGUCACCAUUGUAAAAACCAUGAAGAAUCCACCUUCGGGCGUGAAGCUUGUCAUGGCCGCCAUUUGCGUCAUGAAAGAAAUCAAACCAGAGAGGAUAAAUGACCCGGCGGGUACCGGACAGAAGAUACUUGAUUACUGGGGACCUAGUAAAAAACUAUUGGGAGACAUGAACUUUCUCAAAGACCUGCGGGAAUACGACAAGGAUAAUAUUCCGGUUUCAGUGAUGCAGAAGAUCCGCAGCGAAUAUAUCACCAAUCCUGACUUUGAUCCGGCCAAAGUGCUAAAAGCGUCAUCUGCGGCAGAAGGAUUAUGCCGAUGGAUUCUCGCUAUGGAAGUCUAUGACAGAGUUGCAAAGGUUGUUGCACCCAAGAAAGCUCGUCUAGCAGAAGCCCAGCAGUCAUUGGCCGAAACGAUGGCAGUACUGAACCAGAAGAGGGCAGAGCUGAAAGAAGUGGAAGAUCGACUAGAUGCCCUGCAGAAAACAUUUCGAGAAAAAACUGAAGAGAAAGUUCGUCUGGAGUUCCAAGUAGAUUUGUGCGCUAAGAAACUGGAACGAGCAGAGAAGCUGAUAGGAGGACUUGGUGGAGAAAAACACAGAUGGUCCAGUGCUGCUGAUUCACUUCAGAACAUGUAUGAUAAUUUGACCGGAGACGUCCUUGUAUCUGCUGGCGUCAUCGCCUAUCUGGGGGCCUUCACUGCUGGAUUUCGACAAGAAUGUACCAGAGAAUGGAGCAAGCUGUGCAAGAGUAAAAUGAUUCCGUGCUCGGAGGACUUUUCAUUGAGUAAGACUCUUGGCGAUCCAAUUAAAAUCAGAGCCUGGAAUAUUGCCGGUUUGCCGACGGACAGCUUCUCCAUAGAUAAUGGUGUCAUUGUGAGCAACUCAAGACGUUGGCCUUUAAUGAUAGACCCUCAGGGCCAAGCUAACAAGUGGAUUAAGAAUUCAGAGAGAGACAACCAACUGAGCGUCAUCAAGUUAACAGAUUCAGAUUAUAUGCGAACUCUGGAAAACUGCAUACAGUUCGGGACGCCACUUUUACUGGAAAACGUGGGGGAAGAUUUGGACCCAUCGCUGGAACCUUUACUAUUGAAGCAAACAUUUAAACAAGGAGGCAUGGACUGCAUCAGACUUGGAGAAACAGUCAUUGAAUAUUCCAGUGACUUCAGAUUUUAUAUCACCACAAAACUCAGAAAUCCACAUUACCUGCCGGAGUUGGCAACGAAAGUGUCACUGCUAAACUUCAUGAUCACUCCCGAGGGUCUAGAAGAUCAGUUACUCGGCAUUGUUGUAGCAAAAGAGAGGCCUGAGUUAGAAGAAGAGAGAAAUGCCUUAAUUUUACAAUCAGCAGCCAAUAAAAAACAGCUGAAGGAGAUUGAAGACAAAAUUUUGGAGACUUUACAAUCUUCGGAAGGGAACAUCUUGGAAGAUGAGAGUGCCAUUCAGAUCUUAGAUUCAGCCAAGAUCAUGAGCAAUGAGAUUACCAAAAAACAGCAGAUUGCAGAGAAAACUGAACUAAAAAUAGCAGAGUCCAGAGAAGGUUACAGGCCCAUCGCUAAACAUUCAUCCGUGCUGUUCUUCAGUAUUGCAGACCUUGCCAACAUUGACCCAAUGUACCAGUAUGCGCUCAACUGGUUUGUCAAUCUCUAUAUCAACUCAAUUCAAGACAGCAACAAAUCGAAAAUCUUAGAAAAACGCCUACGUUACCUGAAUGACCACUUCACCUAUAACUUAUACUGCAAUGUGUGCCGCUCGCUGUUUGAGAAGGACAAGCUUUUGUUCUCCUUCUUGCUCUGCUGCAACCUCCUCAUGGCAAGGAAGGAGAUUGAAUACCAAGAAUUUAUGUUCUUACUUACCGGUGGUGUGGGCCUACAAAAUAAUAUUGCAAACCCGGCACCGGGCUGGCUUCCGGAUAAAAGUUGGGAUGAGAUUUGCCGUGCAAGUGAUUUACCUGCUUUUAAGGGAUUGAGAGAACAUUGCAUUGAAAAUCCCAAUGUGUGGCACACGUUGUAUGACAGCAGAGAACCGCACAAUGUUCCCUUACCUAACCCAUUUAAUGAGAAGCUGAACGAGCUUCAGAAGAUGAUUAUCCUGAGGUGCCUGAGACCAGACAAGAUGAGCCCGGCUGUGACCAACUAUGUGACUGACAAACUUGGAAAGAAAUUUGUUGAGCCGCCUCCAUUUGAUUUGUCAAAAAGCUAUUUAGAUUCUAAUUCUACGAUCCCACUCAUCUUCGUCUUAUCUCCUGGAGCCGAUCCUAUGGCAAGUUUGCUAAAAUUUUCCAAUGACAAAAAUAUGGGAGGGGGUGACAAGUUCCAAGCCAUCUCCCUAGGACAGGGACAGGGGCCGGUAGCUGCAAAAAUGAUAAAAGAGGGAGCAGCAAACGGGACGUGGGUUUGUCUGCAGAACUGUCACCUGGCUGUGUCCUGGAUGCCAACGCUGGAGAAGAUUUGUGAGGAGUUCACCAGUGACAACUGUCAUCCAGAUUUCAGGCUGUGGUUAACUAGUUAUCCUUCACCCAAGUUUCCGGUGAGCAUUCUCCAGAAUGGUGUGAAGAUGACAAAUGAGCCACCAACGGGACUGAGACUCAAUCUGCUGCAGUCGUAUCUCACGGACCCGAUCUCUGACCCACAAUUCUUCAAUGAAUGCGCAGGGAAAGAGCAAGUAUGGGAAAAGCUACUUUUUGGGGUGUGUUUCUUCCAUGCUUUGGUUCAGGAAAGAAAGAAGUUUGGUCCUCUGGGAUGGAACAUUCCUUAUGGAUUUAAUGAGUCUGAUUUGAGAAUUAGUAUUCGGCAACUGCAGCUCUUUGUGAGUGACUAUGAACAUGUACCAUUUGAGGCCAUCUCAUACCUAACCGGAGAGUGUAACUAUGGAGGUCGCGUGACAGAUGACUGGGACCGGCGCCUCCUACUGACCACUCUGGCAGAUUUUUAUAAUAAUGACAUCAUUGAAAAUCCCCGUUAUUCCUUCUCUCCAAGUGGGAACUACCUAGCCCCACCUAAAGGCACUUAUGAGGAUUACAUUGAAUUCAUCAAGAGACUCCCUUUUAGUCAGCAUCCGGAGGUUUUUGGAUUACAUGAAAAUGUUGACAUAUCAAAGGAUCUGCAGCAAACGAAAACCAUCUUUGAAUCCCUGCUCCUGACUCAGGGGGGAGGUCGCCAAGGAGGCUCAUCCGGGGCCAGUGAUCACACGCUGUAUGAAAUAGCUAAUGAUAUACUCAGCAAGCUACCUAAGGAUUUUGACAUUGAGGCGGCCCUGCAGAAGUUCCCAGUGCGAUAUGAAGAGAGUAUGAACACAGUGCUAGUGCAAGAGAUGGAGAGGUUUAACAACUUAAUCCGUUCUAUAAGGACAACUCUACAAAGCCUUCAGAAAGCCAUCAAGGGACUUGUUGUUAUGGACUCAGAGCUGGAGGCCUUGUCUGGAAGUUUGAUCGUAGGGAAAGUUCCUGAAACAUGGGCAAAGCGAUCUUAUCCUAGUUUGAAACCUCUAGGAAGUUACGUCAUUGAUUUCCUGUCCCGGCUUAAAUUCCUACAGACUUGGUUUGACUUUGGAAAGCCUCACGUCUUCUGGCUGUCCGGAUUCUUCUUCACACAAGCAUUUUUGACUGGUGCCAUGCAGAAUUAUGCCAGGAAAUAUAGAAUUCCUAUUGAUUUGUUAGGUUAUGAAUUUCAGGUUCUGCCUGUGGACACUUCUGAGACGUCACCAGAAGAUGGCGUUUACAUUAAUGGGUUGUUCCUAGAUGGCGCUCGUUGGGACAGAAAGAGUGGAGUACUUGCAGAACAGCACCCCAAGAUCCUGUUUGACUCUGUGCCGAUUAUCUGGAUAAAACCAAAUAAAAAGACAGACAUAAAGAAGACCAGGUCUUAUGUGUGUCCGCUCUACAAGACCAGUGAGCGGAAGGGGACGCUGUCCACCACAGGACAUUCCACCAACUUUGUCAUUGCGAUGCUGCUGCCAACAGAUACUCCCGUCCAGCACUGGAUAAAGAGGGGGGUCGCUCUUCUCUGUCAGCUCGACGACUGAAGAAACCCCACAUUGUAUUUAUUUGUAUCGGAGUGUCUGUUAAUGAUUUAGAAAGCCUCUUAAAGGGAACUUCUCACCAAAA